CAGGGCUCUCAUGGGGGCGGCCCCGUAGACUAACGAAAGCAUCAGAAGGGCCUGGAUUAACCCUUUCUCUGCUCGCCCAUUUAGAGGCCCGGUCGGGUUCCGUGCCUGCGCAAGCCGGCGGCGCGCCUUCCUCCCAGCCCGCACCGCGCAUGCACGGGGAGGGGGGGUUGCCGGUGGGGGUUUUCAAGGCCGGGUAGACAUUCUGUGCUCGUGCAGGAGGAGGGCUGCUACCAUCAGGGACGUGCACGAUUUCCCCCCCCACCCCGCCCCCUCCCCAAACUAAAAAAAAAAAAAAUCCAAAAACACUGCCACCCACCGUGCCCCCGUGCCCCGCGUCCAUCCCGUCCCCGGCCUGUGUGCAGCGAGCGCGGGGAGCCCACGUCGAGGUCUGUGGCUGUGCCACGCUGCAGGACGGGCGUGCCCCUGAUCAGUUAUUCUGAUCUGAAGAAUUUGGCAUUUCAAGCAUUAAGACAAUAGCCUGAAUUGUUCAUGGAAUCACAGGUUUUGGAGCUAGAUUGCCUGAAAUUGAGUCCCAGCUCUCCACUAAAUAACUAGAGUAUUGGGCAGGUUCCCAACCUCAUCUAUGAAGUAGAGAUAAUGAUACCUAUUGCAUGGGUUUAUUUGAUCAUUACAUUUGUGAAGACAUGCAAAGCACAUAGAAAAAUACCUGGAGUUUUUCAUCAGUAUGUCUGAAACCAUUAAAUAUAAUGACGAUGAUCAUAAAACUCUAUUUCUGAAAACACUAAACGAACAACGCCUGGAAGGAGAGUUUUGUGAUAUUGCUAUUGUUGUUGAAGAUGUGAAAUUCAGAGCACACAGAUGUGUUCUUGCCGCCUGCAGCACCUACUUUAAAAAGCUUUUUAAGAAGCUUGAGGUUGAUAGCUCUUCAGUCAUAGAAAUAGAUUUUCUACGUUCUGAUAUCUUUGAAGAGGUCCUGAACUACAUGUACACAGCAAAGAUUUCUGUGAAAAAAGAAGAUGUUAACUUAAUGAUGUCAUCAGGUCAGAUUCUCGGUAUCCGAUUUUUGGAUAAACUCUGUUCUCAGAAGCGUGAUGUGUCUAGUCCUGAUGAAAAUAACGGCCAGUCCAAAACUAAGUAUUGCCUCAAAAUAAAUCGCCCCAUUGGAGAUGCUGCUGAUACUCAGGAUGAUGAUGUGGAAGAAAUUGGAGAUCAAGAUGACAGUCCAUCUGAUGACACUGUAGAAGGCACCCCGCCGAGUCAGGAGGAUGGCAAGUCGCCUACAACUACGCUCAGGGUUCAGGAAGCGAUCUUGAAAGAGCUGGGGAGUGAGGAAGUUCGAAAAGUAAAUUGCUAUGGCCAGGAAGUAGAAUCCAUGGAGACCCCAGAAUCGAAAGAUUUGGGGUCUCAGACUCCUCAAGCCUUAACAUUUAAUGAUGGAAUGAGUGAAGUGAAGGAUGAACAGACACCAGGCUGGACAACUGCUGCCAGUGACAUGAAGUUUGAGUAUUUACUUUAUGGCCAUCAUCGGGAGCAGAUCGCCUGUCAGGCAUGUGGUAAAACCUUUUCUGACGAAGGCAGAUUGAGGAAACAUGAAAAACUCCACACAGCGGAUAGGCCAUUUGUUUGUGAAAUGUGUACAAAAGGUUUUACCACUCAGGCCCACCUAAAAGAACACCUAAAAAUCCACACGGGAUAUAAGCCCUACAGUUGUGAGGUGUGUGGAAAAUCAUUUAUUCGUGCCCCAGACCUAAAGAAGCACGAGAGGGUUCACAGUAAUGAAAGACCGUUUGCGUGUCACAUGUGUGACAAAGCCUUUAAACACAAGUCCCACCUCAAAGAUCAUGAACGAAGACACAGAGGGGAAAAACCUUUUGUGUGUGGCUCAUGCACCAAAGCGUUUGCCAAGGCAUCUGAUCUGAAAAGGCACGAGAACAAUAUGCACAGUGAAAGGAAGCAGGUUACCCCCAGUGCCAUUCAGAGCGAGACAGAACAGUUGCAGGCGGCAGCGAUGGCUGCCGAAGCGGAGCAGCAGUUGGAAACAAUAGCCUGUAGCUAGAGGUGGUGGGACAUGAACACUUUGCCUGACCCAUGGAGACUGAGGUUGCAUUGUUCAUAACAAAUGAACACCGGUCACUGUAUUUUUUUUUUUUUAACUUAUGGAGCAUUGUACUCACUGGACUUAAGGCAGUGCCUGGUUAGGUGUUUUGAAAACUUUUCAAGGAAAUAAUGUUCAUUGGUUCUGACCAAACAGUUUCACUGUCCUGUCUGGUGUGUAGUAUUAAUGUUGCCAGUAAGUCCCACCCCUUCUCUUUUAUGGUUUUAGUUUGAGGAUUCCUGUGUCCAGUUCAGAAGUGAGAGACUUCUAUUCCAUUUUUAAUUCCUCUCUACACUGCUGCACUGGUGAACACACUGCACAGAGUGAUAAUUGAGUAAAUUGAUUUCCCAAUCCCAAUUAUAUGUGACUUAGGGUCAAAACAGCAUUUUAAAUAAUUUAAUAAAAGUGCUUAAUGUAGACACAGAAAAUACUGGUGGUUGGCCAAGAACACUGCACAAAUAUGAAAACAAGGCCUGGAAAUGUGGAAUGCUUUUCAAUUUAUAUUUGAUUUGUUAAUUUUCUAUCACUGUUUUUUACAGUUUUUGUGGACAAAUAAUGGUUGCUUUGCUGAAGUGUCUCUUCAUCCAUUUUGGUUUAUUGCCCAUACUUACCCCAAAAAUGUGGUAACAAGACCAGAAGGCUAAGCAAAUCCACAGAGAUGUUGGUGAUCUGGGGGCUGAGUUCCUUCAUUCCUCUUAUCUGGGGCAUUGCCACUCUGAAUGGGUGGGGUUUGUAGAGUGGACCAGAGGCAAAAAGUUUAGAAAAGGGUAAAUAGGAACCUGGCUCUCAGAGACAAGGUUUUCACAUUUGCAAUAAUUCCAAGACUUCCUAGAUCAAAAUAAUUCUUAAUUGAUUUUGAAAUUAGGACAAGAGCAGGUAUGCCUCUUCAGAUACCUUCGUGUAACUUAACAAUGUUAUCAAGCUUUUGUGCUCUCUGUAGCAUAUGAUUUAUCCAUAAAGGAGAUGCAAUAUCAUUGCUUAAAUUAAUACAUUUGAAAUCUUUUAAGUGUGUAAAUAGUAUAGAAGUGUUGGUCUUAGGUAUUUCAAGGAAAAGUAGACAGCUGCACAUUUUUUUGCACAUUGAAUUAAAAUAACUUCCAUCAGCAAGAAGCAUCAGUCUGUUGUUAACCAAUAUUAAAGAUUGUCAGACCAAAUGUUUAUGUUUUUGAAGUAUAUUUCAUCACUGGUUACAGUUUUAAGUAGAGUUGAUUGCCUUUUCAUAGCUGUAACAGAAUUAUAAAUGAUGUUCCAAUUUUGGUGUAUGAAAAAAUUUUUAAACCAUUUCUUUUGGAAUAUAUUGAAAUAUCAACAAUAGUUUGAAUUAUGUUCUAUAAUAAAGCAUUAGUCAA